AUGGCCACCGAGGACGCCCUGCCCACGCUGCCCCAGCGCCCAGAGGUCGCUCGCGAGCUCACCGACCUCUCCCUGGACGAGAAGCUCGACGAGAAGCACGAUGGCAGUAUCAACAAGGAGACUUUCGACCCCGAGACGUUCGACAGCGUCCCGGACCGCGGGCGCGUCGUCACCACCGGUCGCGACGUCUCGCACUACGUCGUUGACUUGCGCGAUGACGGCGAUCCUGCGCUUACCUUUCGAUCCCUCGUACUCGGUACGGUCAUCGCGGGUUUGGGUGCGGCGCUCUGCCAGAUCUACAUCUUCAAGCCGGUCACGGUCUCGGUGUCGUCGGUCUUCUUGCUCCUGCUCAUCUACUCCAUCGGCAACGCCUGGGCGGCCUUUCUACCCAAACGCUCCCUGGUGAAGGGAACCCGCUUCGAGCACCUAGGAGGUGUCAUCGACUUCAUCAAUCCGGGGCCAUUCAGGAUCAAGGAGCAUGUUGUCGCGACCCUCGUUGCUUCUACGGCGGCUGGAGGCGCGACGUCCGUUAACAACUUCGCGGUGCAGCGGCUCUACUAUGACACCAAUGUCGGCGCGCUAACCGCCAUCUUCGCAACCUUCUCCACGUUGUGCUUCGGCAUGGGCCUCGUCGGUAUCCUGCGACCUCUGACGGUGUACCCCUCCGAGAUGGUGUACUGGCAAAGCCUGCCACAAGUCACUGUCUUCCAAGCCCUCCACUUCAACCGGCACGACAACACGAAGCGCGUCCGGCUCUUCUGGAUCGGCUUCGCCGUUAUGUUUGCCUACGAGGUCAUCCCCGCCUACAUCUUCCCGCUGCUCAACUCCGUGUCUAUCUUCUGCCUGUCCUCGCAGCACGCGAGCACGGCGACGAGGAACAUAUUCACGAAUAUCUUCGGCGGAGGCAACGCGAAUGAGGGCCUUGGGUUGCUCAACUUCAGCUUCGACUGGCAAUACCUUGGAUCGCACUACAUGGCGCUGCCGCUCACGCAGCAAGUCAACGCCUGGAUUGGCUACGCGCUCUGCUAUAUCAUCAUCGCGGCCAUCUACUACUCGAAUGCGUGGGACUCCAAGAACUACAAGAUGCUGUCUACUUCGAUCUUCAAUUCCAACGGUACCGUGUACAACCAAGCCGCCGUCUUCGGCAGCAACGGCGUCCUCAACGAGACCGCGCUCGAGGAGUUUGGCCUCCCGGCGAUGACUGGUUCGAACGCGUGGUCUAACUUCGCUCAGAACCUCGGUAUCGGCGCCCUCAUCGCCCACGUUACCCUCUUUUGGAGCGGUGAUAUGGUCGACGCGAUUCGCUCGUUCCGCGCGGACAACAAGAAGCAAAAUGACGACCCGCACUUCAUCGCUAUGCAGAAGUACAAGGAGGCCCCGUGGUACUGGUACUUCGCGCUGCUGGUGCUCGCCUUCGUUGCCGGCUUGAUCGUCUGCAUCAAGGGAGAAACCUCGCUGCCUUGGUGGUCCUUUAUCGUCUCCCUCGCGGUCGGCGCCUUCAUCACACCGUUCUCUACGAUCCUGUACGGACGCAUGGGGACUGGCAUUGCGACGAACAAUCUCAUGAAGAUGAUUCCCGGCGCUCUCAACCCCGGGAAGCCAGUUGCUAACCUCUAUUUCUCCAUGUGGAGUCACGACGUCGUUGCUACGUCCAUCGGUCUCGCGGCUGACCUGAAGACCGGCCAGUACACGAAGGUCCCUCCGCGUGUUAUGUUCCUCACCCAGCUUUGGGGCUGCAUAUUGGGCGCCAUCGUCAACUAUGUCGUCAUGGUCAGCAUCGUCGACUCUCAGCGCGAGGUCCUACUCGACGCCUCGGGCACCAAUGUGUGGAGCGGACAGACUAUCCAGAGUCUGAACUCGCAAGCUGUCACCUGGUCGCUCGCGCAUCAGCUUUACAGCUCCUCGGGGCCGUACGUGAUCGUCCCGCUCGGUCUUGCAAUCGGGCUUUUCCCGCCCAUUGUUCAGUGGCUUUUGUCGAAGCGCUGGCCCGUCAUCAAGGGCGUCAAGGUCGAGUCCGUCAUCCUGCCCAUCAUCUUCAACUACGCGCAGACGAUGUCGAAGGGCAUCACGUCGUAUGUCUCGACGGGCAUCUGCAUUGGCCUCGUCUCGCAACUAUGGCUGCGCCAAUAUCACCCGGUAUGGUACCGCAAGUACAACUUCAUCCUCGGAGGCGCGUUCGACGGCGGUGCCCAAGUCAUGAUCUUUAUUCUAUCUUUCGCUGUAUUUGGUGCGAGCGGAACCGAGCGGCCGUUCCCUACUUGGGCCGGUAACCCAGCCAAGGGCAACAUUGACUACUGUAAUGGAAAUGGUGUAUUGUCUACGAAGAAGUAA